AUGGACCCUCAGGCUCUUUCUGGACUGUUUGGGACGACGUACAGUCCCGAUCCCAACAUGCGCAAGCGGGCCGAGCUCCAGAUUCGAGCCCUCUCCAAGGAAGAGGGAAUGCUCCCGGCUGUGAUGCAGAUCAUUGGCGCAGAAGGCGUCGACCCGUACGUCGCCGGUGGCUUUGCCCGUCCUUUGACACGAAUGCUCACAUCUCCAACUAUAUCACAGGAGUAUCCGCCAGGCAUGUGCUGUUUGGCUCAAGAACCGGUAGAACGCGCCUACGUCGUUGGAGCAGACAAUACAACUUCUGAUCAUACCCCCGUCUCGGUUGGAGACCGCGCUGCGCUCAAGUCGGGUCUCCUCCAGCUCUUGGUCUCUGCAACGUCCCGUCCACUUCGACUCCAGCUUGCCAAUGUCCUCAGAUCAAUCAUCUCGCGCGACUUUCCACAAGAGUGGCCCGGCUAUCUCGAAAAUGUGACCGCGCUCUUGUCUUCUCAGAAUCCACAAGAGGUCUACGUAGGUCUGAUUGCCACUGUCGAACCCAUCAAGGCUUUCCGCUACCGCUCGAGCUCGAACAACCUCGAGGUCAUUACCGCAGCCACAUUCCCACUUCUUCUCCGAAUCGGCCAACAAGUCGCUGCGAAUCCAUCUGGACCCAUGACCGCCGAGUUUCUCCAUCUUGUUUUCCAAUCGUACAAAAACGCGGCCCUCACCUCGCUUCUCCCGUCGCAAAUGGCACCCGACAGUAUCGUUCCUUGGGGUCGCCUCAUGCUCGACGUUGUCAGUCUCCGUGUUCCACUCGCCGAUAUGGACGAAGAGGAGAUGGAAAAGCACGAAUGGUGGAAGGCCAAGAAGUGGGCCUAUGCUUCCUUGAACCUGUUGUUCUCGAGGUAUGGCAACCCGUCGCAAAUGCCAGCAAGUCUCGCCAAAAAGUACAAGACAUUUGCAGACAACUUUGUGACCUCGUUUGCACCUCAGAUUCUUACCGUCUACCUCGAACAAGCCCGCCUCUACGUUGCUCGAGAGGUCUGGCUCAGCAAGCGAUCACUCUAUUUCAUCGGCCAAUUCUUCUGCGAGUGUGUCAAGCCAAAGACGACCUGGCACCUUCUCAAGCCUCACUUUGAGACGCUCGUCUCUUCCUUUGCGUUCCCUCAGCUCUGCUUCACCACUGAAAAGCAAGAGCUGUGGAGAGAUGAUUCAAAUGAGUAUCUCCGCCGUACUUUUGAGGAAUAUGACGAUUAUCAUAGCGGAGUCUCCACUGCCACUUCUUUCCUCCUGACACUGGCAAAGACCCGAACGUCAGCUACAUUCAUCCCGACGCUGACGUUUGUCCAAAACCUGUUGGCAGCGGAAUCGACGCCUCCGGAACAACGAUUCGGUGCAUUGAACAUGGUGGUCUGCCUCUCGAGUGUCAUCAUGGUCCAUCCAAAUGUCAAGGGUGACAUUGACACGUUCCUCCUUCGAAACGUGAUCCCUCUCCUCGGAUCAGACGUUGGUUACCUUCGUGCAGUGGCGGCAGAGGUAGUCGGUGCGCUCGAGCAGCGUUUCGUGACUUGGAAUAAUCCCGAGGGUCUCGCCGUUGCGUACAAUGCUAUUGUAAAGGCGAUGGAUGAUCCCGAAACGCCCGUUCGCGUUCACGCGAGUUUGGCCCUCGCUGAGAUGCUUCGCCAUACCUAUGUCAAAGAUGCGGUCAAGCAGAUUAUCGGCAAAGUCAUUCAGACCUACCUCGAGCUCGCCGAAGCAACCGAACUGGAUACCCUCAACAGUACGAUGGACACGUUUGUUCAGCUCUACGCCGACGAGCUCUUGCCCGUCUCCGCUCAGUUGACCUCGCGCCUGGCGACGACGUAUAUGCGCUACGUGCAAGAGGUGAUUCAGCUGGAGGGUGCUGAAGAGCCGUCGGAUUCGGCGCUCGAGGCGAGCGAGAACAAAAUGUUUACACUUGCUGCACUCCUCAAGACGAUUGGCACGAUUGUCACUGCUAUGGAUGGAUCUACAGAGAUUACGAUGCAGAUUCAGCAAAUCUUGAUCCCACCCAUCUUGAUCACCCUCCAGCAUUCGAUCAUCGAUGUCUUGGAUCAUGCAUUGGAUCUCGUGGACAGCCUGACGUUUAAUCUUAAGACCAUCUCGCCCGACAUGUGGCCCAUCUUUGAACAAAUGUACAAGCUCUUCAAAGGCAACGUCAUUGACUUCCUCGAGGAAAUGCUGCCUUCGUUGGACAACUUUAUGAGCUAUGGCAAGGAGACGUUCUUCGCGCGUCCUGACUACUGCGAGAUGAUCGUGGAUAUGUACGAGACGGCCAUGGCAUCGCAGCAUCUCGGCGAAGCGGAUCGCGUCAAUGCGUGCUCGUUGAUCGAAGCGUUUAUGCUCAACUUGCGUGGACAUGUCGACGAUAAAAUCCCGCGUAUCCUCACCGUAGCACUGAAGCAGCUCGACCCAGCACCCAAGACGCGCUCGCUCCGACUCGCAAAUCUCAACGUCUUGGUCAACGCUGUGCUGUACAAUGCACCAUUGGCGUUCCAAGUGAUUGAAUCGUUUAGCCCCAAUUCGUCGCGAAUCGUGUUUGACAAGUGGUUCAAGUCGAUGAGCGAGCCUGGAGGUUUGCCGCGUGUCCAUGAUAUGAAGUUGAGUAUCAUGGCCAUGUGUGGGCUACUCGAGUUGGAUCCAAACAAUAUCCCUGUGUCUGUCAAGGAUGGAUGGGCCAGUAUUGUCCCUGCUAUGCUCGGUGUGUUCAAGGGGUUGCCCGAUGCAGUCAGCAUGCGCAAGAAGCUUCAGGAAGAGUUUGCAGAAGAGGAUGACGAAGAAUUGGAAGACGAGGACGAUGUAUUGGUGCUUGACCAUGAUGAUGAAGAGGAUGUGUAUGACGAGGACACGGCUAUUCGGGACGUGAUGGCUCGCGAAACGGAACGUCUGCAACAGAACGCGGAAAAGCUGGCAGCCGGUCAAACCGAUGUGGUCGACGACGAGUCGCUCUCCGAUGAGGAGAUUGAAGAGGAACUUGGAUAUAUCAGCCCACUCGAUUCGGUUGAUCCAUAUUUGGCAUUCCAAUCUGCGCUUGCGACGUUCCAGAACGUCAACCCAGCUGGAUACCAGGCUGCGACGACGUCGCUCAACAUGAACCAGCAAGUGCUGCUUGGCGAAACAUCUUCGCCACCACUACUCACGAUCACCAUGUCUGAUAAGCAAUCCAUCAAGGGAUCCAUCCGAGGCUCCAUUCGUGGCUCAGUCCGCGCGAGCUCCAUCCGCACCGUUGCACCAUCUGAUCCAGCAGAGACGUCGACUAUUUCCAACGGCAAGACUCCUGCCGCCGCCUACGCUGCCCAAACCACGAUGGGCCCCCAAUCACCUGUGUCCGCCCUCUUUGCUCACCCCUCUGGAGGAGACGACGUAAUCCUGCGAUCGUCUGAUGGAUACGACUUUUUCGUCAACCGGUAUAUUCUCCAAAUUGGUUCCUCCACCCUCGCAUCGAUGCUCCCUUCCAAGUCAAAGGCAAAUGAUGGAGACGAACCACCGGUGCUGCUCUUACAUGAGCCCGCGUGCAUCUUGGACGUUGUCCUGACGCUCUUGUAUCCGGUCGAGCCACCGACAUGGACGUCGCUCGAUGGGUUUGGACCCGUGAUGGAUGCAGCGUUGCGGUACAAUAUGCAUGGCGCCAUCGAAACGCUCAGAACCGCUCUCAUCUCCCCACGACGUGUCGAGGAUCAAAUAUUGCCUUCGUUUUCCGACAUUGACCCUCUUCGCGUCUUUGCCAUUGCACGACAAAGUGGGCUCGAGCCCGAGGCGCAAUUGGCGGGUAAUGCGACUCGAAAUAUCAGCUUGAGGAAUUCGCAGAUGAGCGUCGAAGUGGAGAAUAUGCCCACGAAGUAUUAUCGUGAGCUGAUUACACUGAGGGAUGAGAGGGGUCAUUGGAGGGAGACAUUCAAGCUCUUCAAGACAAAGGGUGUCACGCUCAGGGGAACCAGUGGUCUCUCGAGAGUCGGGAGCUCGAGGUCGACAGUUGCCCCUAGUUUCCUUGGCCGUGUUCGUGGUUGA